GGGUAGGAAAUAUAAAUGUUGAUUUUUAAAGACUACCACUAUAAGGGCGUUUAUACGGUUUAUUUAAACAGCGGAACCUUUGGGAGCGUUUCAGCGACGCAGGGAGGGAAAAUAGUGACGUGCCGUUUCCGGAGUGUCACACUGCGUGCUGCACGUGUUCGGGUUGUCACAAGGAUCUCAAGUACACGCCGGACGCCAGAAAUGCCUAAAGCCAAGAAAGGAAAGGGACCGGUAGAGAAGAAGGUAGUUCAUCCGUACAGUAGGAAGGCAGGCUAUCUUGCAAGAGAAGCCAUUAAACAAGAGAAAAAAGAACGGCUGAAGAAUGAAAAAGCAUUGCGACUGAAUGCAAUCGGUGAAAAGCUCGUCUGGUUCCAAAACCAGCUCGAUCCAGCUAAAGAAGAAUAUACAAAGAAGGACGCAUGUGAAAUUAUUGAGAGGUAUUUGCAUCGUUUCGACGCGGAGUUGGAGCAGAUCGACCUGGCGAACAGCAUUAAGGGGAGACAAGGGCGGCUCCACAGCUCCAGAGAAAAUGUCAUAAAGCAGACGAUUGAACGAGAAAGAGUCCUGUAUGAGGUCAAUGGAUUUGAAAUCCCUGAUAUUAUCAACUCUAAGCACCUAAAAACAUUCAGGGAAUGGAGCGGAGAUCUGAAAAAGCUGCCAAAUAUAAAGAUGCGAAAGGUGUGCCGGAAUGCACCGGACGGCGCAGACGACGCGCAGGGGCGCCUCCCGGAGGAGAUGGACGACGGCGCGGAGGAUGAGGAGCUCUCUGCGGGGGAUUGCGAAUGAGCCUCUUCGCGGCACCUAGUAUUCAUCUCAAGAGCAUCUCCCUUCAGCCGAGAUCGAGGCUCUCAGCCGGGUUCCUGUCUGACUCUUGUUGGGCUUUUACGGGUUUUCCGUAGGUCCGUAAAGCAGGGAAACUCUCAGUAUGUAGCGAUGGGUGAGGCUUCCUGUAUUAUUAUCGUGUGCUGUCAAAGAGCUACAGGUCUCACCCGCUACAUCUCAGUGACUCCGUCGGUUCCUGCUGAACCGUUUGAAGUCUCUUUGGCCUUCAAAGGCUCCGCUCAAUAAUCCCACCCCUCCAUGGGUUCUGCAGUUCAAUCUCUCAUUACCGACAGGGAGAGGGCAGCUAAAUUAGGUUAGAUAGGUUAAUAAGUCAUUAAAAAAAGGAUGCUUAUGUGUUGGUACAGCAGGAACAAAGCUGACUUGGAAUCCUGUUCUGAAUUAAAAAAGAAAUGCAUAUUUUUACAGUGAGAAGCAGAAAAGCUUUUUCUAUUUUCAAAGAAUAAAUGUCAAUUUUUAAGCAAGCAAAAAGAUAAUAGGGGGAGCUUAUCUAAUAGCAAAAAAAACAGACAUUCCACAUUUUUGCUCCCUCCCAGCACCCAGUAGGAGCAAAAAUGUGGACUGUCUGGGGUUUCCCAGGGGCCGGGACCCUAAGACCAUGACGCGGCCAAGCAGUGCCGACGAUCUAUGGAUUCAUAAAGUUUAAUAUUAAUCUGUCCAUCUAUGCUUUAAAAUAAAAAUCCUUUUACCAACGAAGAAAGAGAAAACUU